UGCAGCGCGGCCCGCCCCCAACUCAAAAUACUCUAGAUGGAAUUAGGAAGUCCACAACAACGACUUUUGAGAGAGUUUAACAUCAGUCCGACAUCUUUAUUCAGAUGAACUCUGUAAUGGAAAUGCUCGGCUGUUGGUGGUGAGUUCACGGUCACCCGCCGGCGGUAGGGAACCAUGGUGUUGUUGUGUCCAAAGCCCUCCGUGCUGUGGCUCCUCGCAGUUGUUGUGACAGCUCGAGUCGGUAAAGCUGCAGGGAAACCGAAACUGAUCGAUUACGGGGCGGCGGCCUGCGACUCCCGAGACAACGGGGUCAGCUUGAGACCCAGCGCAGCCGCCUCACCGGACGGGCCGGAGCCGGGGGACCCCGCGGCCGCGUUCAGCGUCCCGACCCUGGACGGGGAGUUCUCCUACCAGCCCGGUGCCCUGCGGGGACCUCUCGUCGUGCACGCCUUCUCUAACAAGUCGGGCUUCCUGGAGUGCAUGUGGAGCUCGGAGUCGUCCCUGGUCAGCCUGGUGGAGGAGCUGCCCGACAGCACCCAGGUGCUCUUUCUGUCCCUGGACGACUCCGCGCUCAGCGACGCUCUGUGGAUGAGGGACCAGCUGCAGCGGGUCGCCAUGCACAGGAAUAAGGAGGUUCUGUCCAGACUGCACUUCUCCCCGGUGCCGGUCUUCGCUCUGGGGAACUGGAUCCCCAACGUGCUCUACUACUGGCGCUGCACCGGGCGCGGCUGCGUCUUCUCCCAGGUCGUCUUCAAAUCCGAGGGGUGGAACAUGCCCAUCAUCGUGAAGAGACUAGACGCCCGGUACGACUGGCUCAUGACGCGCGGGGACCCGAAGUCGUACCGGCUGAUGGAGGCCGGCGACGGGUGUGAACCGUCCCCCUCGGUGGCGGGAGCUCUGGCCUGGGUGUCCGAGGGAAACUGCUCGUUCUUCACCAAGGUGCAGAGCAUGGCCAAGUCCAACGCCUCCGGUGUCCUCGUCUACGCUCUCCCCGGCAACCCGAUCCAGGACAUGAACUGCGUCGGGGACGAGUGCGACGCGACGCUGGCCAUCCCGGCUGCCAUGGUGCACCUGGAGGUUUCGGUCGCUCGGGCGCUCGAGAUCGGACAGCCGGUGUACGCGUCCUUCCAGAACACCCCGUCCCCGAACUUCUUCAUCGGCAUUGACCACCAGGGGGCGCUGGCCGAGAUGGGCUGGUUCAUUUACCCCUCGUUCAGCUUCCUCAACUGGCAGGCGCAGUGGUUUGAUUUCUACGCAGCGCUGCAGACCAAACUUCAAAGUCCCGCCGAGGUCAUUUCUGUGUUCGACAAAGUCCAGAUGCACGGAGAGGACGGAGCGGUGGCCACGGUCGAGCUGCCGAUCGCGCUGUCGGACUUCGACGCGCUGCACCUGGACGCGUCGCUGUCGUGUCCCGGCGCCAGAGACUCGUCCUGCGCUCACUGGGAUCACGCGGUGCGGCUGCUGGUCUGCUGCGACCCAGGAGGCCCGUCCUGCGGCACGGAGCUGGGCCGGUGGGUCACGGCCUUCCGCAGAGGUAUCGGGCGCUGGCUCACAGACGUGACCCCUCUGAUCCCCCUGCUGGACAGCAACCGGUGCACCCUGACCAUGAAGACGGUCCCCUGGGCGAUGCCGUGGGUCGUCUCCCUCAACCUGAGGUUCAGCGUCAACAACCGGACGGAUUAUGACGUAAAGAAGCUCCGCCCCUUCCGAGUGACGCCGCUGUACAGCGGGGGAACCUUCGACAAAAACUACAACAAGCGGUACCGGCCAACCGAAGUGUCCGUCCCGGCGUCGACCAGAAAGGUGGAGCUGUACGCCGUCGUCACGGCCCACGGCUACGACGACAACGGCUGCGGAGAGUUCUGCGUCACCUCCCACCACUUCCUGAUCAACGACGUCUUCAACAACACCCUCACCUUCGAUUCUGCAGGAACGCCGCUGGGCUGCACGCUGCGGGUGAAAGAGGGCGCCGUGCCGAACGAACACGGCACGUGGCUGUACGGACGAGGAGGCUGGUGUGACGGGUUCCAGGUCGACCCCUGGAGGACGGAUGUCACCAAACAGCUGAACGCAAGCGAGUCGGAGCCCAACACCGUCGUCUACUUCGGCUUAUUCCAAGGGAAGGAUCCUAAUCCGUCUAAGGAGCCCGGAUACAUCAUCAUGUCUUCUUUUCUUGUCUUUUACAAAUGAUGCCCCUCUGUGAAACUCUUUUUAUUGGGGGAACUGCGAAUGUACACUUCAAAAAUCAAAGAUUAAAUGUAUAUUUUUUUCCUACUGCU